AUGGGUAAAAAGCAGGAGAAAAAGACGGCCAAGGGACGUCUAGACAAGUUCUACUGGCUCGCCAAGGAGCAAGGCUACCGAUCGCGUGCCGCCUUCAAGCUGGUCCAGCUGAACAAAAAGUUCAACUUUCUCGAAAAAGCAAGAUGCUGCAUCGAUCUAUGUGCAGCUCCAGGUGGUUGGCUUCAGGUAGCUUCCAAGUUUAUGCCCGCCAAUUCGCUCAUUGUCGGUGUCGAUCUUGUUCCCAUCAAACCCAUCCCCAGAACCAUCACAUUCGCCGAAGACAUCAAUUCAUACAAGUGCAGAGACCAACUUCGUCAAAUUCUCAAGGAUUGGAAGGCCGAUAUCGUCAUCCACGAUGGUGCCCCCAACGUUGGUACCGCUUGGGUCCAGGAUGCUUACGCCCAGUCCGAGCUCACGCUUCAGUCGCUGCGUCUCGCCGUCGAGUUUCUCACGGCUGGUGGCACCUUCGUCACCAAGGUCUUCCGUUCAAAAGACUACAACAACCUGCUUUGGGUCUUCAACCAGCUCUUCAAAAAGGUGGAGGCCACAAAGCCCUCGUCAUCGCGUAACGUCUCUGCAGAGAUCUUUGUUGUCUGCCAAGGCUACAAGAACCCCGCCCGCAUCGACCCCAAAUUCCUUGACCCUCGCCACGUCUUCAAGGAGCUAGAUCCCGCUUCAUUGGCCGACCAAGAUCAAGAAGCCGGUGUACCGCUCAGUCUCAAAGGCACUUCCGCCGGCAACGCUCACGCCAAUGUCUUUGAACCCAAAAAGAUCCGCAGAAAUCGUGAAGGUUACGCCGACGGAGACUAUACCCUUUUCCACUCCCUCGACGCCAUGGAUUUCAUCAAAGGUCAAGAUGUCAUCGGUAUGCUUGGCUCUUACAACCAGAUCUCUUUCGAGUCGGACGAGAGCAAGAAGCUGCUCAGCCUGCCAGAUACCAACGACGAGAUGCGCGAGAACUGUUCUGACCUCAAAGUGCUCGGCAAGAAGGAUUUCCGCAAUCUCAUGAACUGGCGCAAGGAGGUGCGUCUCGCUCUCGGAAUCGACCUGCCCAAAUCAAAGCAUCAGGACCUCGCAGAGCAAACCCAAACUGUCGAGGUCGAAGAGAUGGACGAAGACGACCAAAUUGACGAUGAGCUUGCCAGGCUCAACGAGGAGGCAGCUAGAAAAGCUCGCAAGGAAAGGCGUCGUAAGAAUGAGCUUCGUCAGAAGAAGAUCCUCAAGAUGCAGCUCCAGAUGACGACCCCCAUGGAUAUCGGCAUGGACGUGAUGGAUGAUCAGCUUGGUGCCGGUAAUGGCGACAUGUUUGAGAUCAGCUCAGGCGAGAGGGUCUCCAAAAAGGCUCUCAUUCAACAAGCUGACGUCUCUGAUGACGAGAGCGAGACCAUCGUCAGUUCCCAACACACCGACGACGAUGACCCCGAAACGCGAGCAAGACGCUUGGAUGCCGAGAUGGAUGCGCUCUACGAUGAGUUCAAGCAGAAGCAGUCUGAGCGCGAUGCAAAGUUCCGGGCAAAGCAGGCACGUCUUCAGGAUGCCAAGAAUGACUCUUGGCACGGCAUCAAGGACGACGAAGAGAACGACGAAGACGAUGAUGAGGCCAACUUGAGUGACGAAAGCGAAGGCGGCUACGAUCUCGUACAAAGACGUAAAGAGCAAGAAGAGACAUUUGACACCGACGACGAAGAGGAUGAGGAGGACGAACGACUCGAACGAGAAGCUACACAGCACUCUAAAAAGAGGAAGCGCGAUCUGGCCGCUCCUACCGCUGACAGUUUCGAGAUGGACGCCAAGCCUCCCAAACGCUCUCUAGUCCAUAGUCUCGUAAGCGACGCUGAUGUCAGUGCGCAGCAGAGCCGUGAGGCUUCCAUCUGGUUCGACAAUCCCCUGUUUAAGGACCUCGAGCUGGAUGAGCAAGACGCCCAAGAGGCGUUGGAAGACGAUCAGGAUGAUGAAGAUGCUUGGGAGGAGGAGCAAGACGACGAGGACGAUGCGGAAGAGUCGGAUAGCGAGGUGGAAGGGGAGCAAGAAGUGGAAGAUGAUGACUUCGAAGUCGUCCCGCAAGACCAGGAGGAACACGCCAUUCCUGACGAAGAAUGGGACUUGAACGGUGAAGACGAAGAAGCAGGCAAGCAGAAGCGCAUCAAAGACCACGGUCUCGCCACCGCUGAAGCUGUCGCUCUCGCACAAGCUCUCGUCAACCGACAGAUCACCAAGGAAGACCUCAUGGAUCAAGGCUUCUCCAAGCACAACUUUGUCGACAAGGAUGGUCUCCCUACAUGGUUCCUCGACGAUGAGCAGAAGCACUACAAGGCCAACAUCCCCAUCACCAAGGAAGCCAUACAGGCGCUUCGUGAGCGCCAACGUGCUCUUGAUGCGCGUCCCAUCAAAAAGGUUGCUGAAGCCAAGGCGCGAAAGAAGAUGCGCACCCUUCGACGUCUCGAGAAGGCGCAGAAGAAGGCCGAGACCAUCAACGAAAACGAAGACAUUUCGGAAAAGGAAAAGUCCAACACGAUCAACAAGCUUUUAGCCAAAUCAGUCAAGGGCGCACAGAAGAAGAAGGAGGUGCAGUUAGUUGUAGCCAAGGGUGUCAACCGUGGCCUCAAGGGACGUCCCAAGGGCACCAAGGGUCGCUACAAGAUGGUCGAUCCACGCAUGAAGAAGGAGCUUCGCGCAUUCAAGAGGAAGGCCAAGCGCGACGGCAAGAAGCUUGGGUCUUCCAACUCGAAGCCACGAGUUCCCAAGGGCUAUGGUCCUCGCAACUGA